AUGCCGUACAUCUCUUCAUCCGAUGGCGACUCUGCCAGUUCCGUCUCACGACUUCCCGCCAGCGCCCCCUCGUCACCACCACCAGCCUCUCCGGCCAGUCCACCAAGGGACAAGUCCAAAAUGAGCUACACCAAGUUGCGGGAGGAGCAAAUCCUCGCUGCUGAGGAGGAGAAGGCACGCGAAGAAAACAAUAAGGCCGAAGACAAGCGUAGGAAGAAGUGGAAGAAGCGGGAUCUGAGCAAGAGGGAGCGGGAAUCCAAGGCGAAGGACCUGGAUCAGCUCCUGGCCCAAAGCGCGGCCUUCAGCAGCAUCCUCACGAAUAAGACAAAAGUUUUGGGCCGUGUUGGCACAAGUCUAGACGGCAAAACCAUUGGCGAACAUGACUUGACCAUGGCGAAGCAGCCAAAGUGCCUCGUUGGUGGUAUCAUGCGAGAUUACCAGCUUGAGGGUCUGACCUGGAUGUACGAGAUUUGUAUCCAGGGCAUGAGCGGGAUCCUGGCUGACGAGAUGGGGCUGGGUAAAACCGUGCAAACAAUAUCCCUAAUCGCGCUGCUUCGUGAGCAGGAGAACUACCUCGGCCCACACCUCAUCGUUGCCCCCUUGAGCACCUUAUCCAACUGGCUGGAUGAGUUCCACCAAUGGGUUCCCUCAAUACCAGUUGUCAUGUACCACGGUACGCCACAGCAACGCGACGAGAUCUUCAAGUCCAAGAUCAUGCGCCAUCUCCACAAAGGAAGGCCAACCGAGAAGUUCCCCGUGGUGUGCACCAGCUACGAGAUGGUUCUCAAGGACCGGGCCGCCUUGUCCAAGAUCAACUGGGAGUUCAUCAUCAUUGACGAGGGCCACCGCAUGAAAAACUUCGACUCGAAGCUCUUCCGGGAGCUGAAAUCCUUCACCUCGGCCACCCGUCUCCUCAUCACCGGCACCCCGUUGCAGAAUAACUUGAAGGAGUUGUGGUCCCUGCUCAACUUUUUGCUGCCCAAGAUCUUCCGCGAUUGGGAGGCGUUCGAGAGUUGGUUUGACUUCAGCGAUCUGGAAGAUGAAGAGGGCACCGAGGAAUUCAUCGCCGACAAGACCAAGCAGGAACUGGUCAAGAAGAUGCACGUGGUGCUGCAGCCCCUGCUUCUCCGGAGGAUAAAGGCGGAUGUGGCAAAAUAUCUCCCGAAGAAGCGCGAAUCGAGUAGUGUCAAGAAAGAACCUGCUACGGAGAGCAAGCCAGCGCCAACACGAGGCAAGCCUGCUCCCGCGAAGCCAAAGGAGGCCGAGCGGUCGGUCAAGAACGCUUUUAGCCUCAUGAUGGGCAAGCCACCCCCCCGAGGCCGGCUACCCAAGGCCCCCGCUAUUGUCGAGCAAUUGGCUGCCGAGGUUCCCCCUAAAUCGGCAAAGAAAGAGACAAAGAGAAAGAGUCCACCAGCAUCUGAGUCGCCGGCCACCAAGAGUACGAAAUCCAGCAGACAGUCCACCCCAGCCAGUACCCGCCGCAGGCCGCAAAGGGGAAGGCAAUCGUAUAAGGAGUCCGACUCGGACGAUGAUUUACUGGAUGACGAUGAGUUCGAGGCCAAACUUGUUGAGCAGAUGGGUGAGGAUGAGCCCAAGGUGGUGGAGGAGGUCGUGGACGAAGAGGAAUUCGAGCGUGCCCAAACCCUCGAGGUUGCGAAAAGGGAAAUUGCCAACAAAAAGCUCGGUAACCCCCUGCUCCAGCUCCGACUUGUUUGCAACAGUCCGCACAAUUUCUACAACCCCUGGGCGAGCGGCACCGACCUACCCAUCGACGAGAGCAUUGUGACGGCCUCGGGCAAAAUGCUUCUUCUCGACCGCCUGCUUCCAACCCUAUUCAAGCGCGGCCACAAGGUCCUCAUCUUCUCGCAGUUCAAAACCCAACUCGACAUCCUCGAAGACUACUGUUCCGAACUGCGCAAGUGGCCCGUCUGCCGCAUCGACGGCGGCGUUGCCCAGGAAGACCGGCGCACAGAAAUCCACCAGUUCAACACGGACCCAAAACUCAAAAUCUUCCUGCUGUCCACCCGUGCCGGCGGGCAGGGCAUCAACCUCGCCAGCGCCGACACGGUCAUCCUGUUCGACAGCGACUGGAACCCGCAGCAGGACCUGCAGGCUCAAGACCGGGCACACCGCAUCGGCCAGACGCGGCCUGUCAUCGUGUACCGGCUUGCGACGAAGGGGACGGUAGAAGAGGGGCUGCUUAUGAGUGCCGAUGCGAAACGCCGGUUGGAGAAGCUGGUCAUCAAGAAGGGCGGGUUCCGGACGAUGGGGCAGAAGAUUGAUAUGCGCGAGGACCUGGACAAGGAGACGCUCCAGGCGCUGUUGUUGAAGGAUGGACAGGUGUACAACUUCUCGGGGGACAAAGAGGUGUUGAGUGAUAAGGACCUGGAUGUGUUGUGUGACAGGAGUGAAGAGGCUUACACAAGGGCCGCCGAGGGAGAAGGGAACGCGGAUGGAUACACGGUAAUCGAGACGGGGGCAAACGGGAUCAAAGCCGCUGGGAAGGCAUAG